UGUUCCCAUAUCUAAGCAAAAAAAAAAAAAAAAAAAAAUUGGAGGGGUGCGUGGGGGAGCGUUUGGGGGUAUUUGAUUUUAUCAGUCACUGAGCAGCACUGGCUAUUGUAGCAAAUAGUCUACUCUGACAAUGGUUUAUAUGUGCUCAGAUACAACUGGUAAAAUCGUCGAUAUUCAGUGUUAAACUAUGAUAGAGUACACUAUAUUGCAUUCUGCUAGAGUACCUACUUUUUGCCCCAUCUUUGACUGCCAUAAACUCAGAACAUUUUACUGUGUGCGUGUGUUUUUACAGUUUGAAUGCUUUCUUCUGUAUGGAUAUUACUGUCUGACACCAAACAUGAUAAAACGUUUAGACUGCCAGGUUAGGGGAAGAUUUCUUGAAGUUGGACAAAAGUAUAAAUAUUAAAAUAUUGCGGUUAUAUUUUAGAUUGUUUUCAAUGGGUAUUGUGGUGUGACAGCACCUUUUACUAUUAUCUAUGCGAAGGUCAUGAACCAUGGAUAUCCAUAUGUUUAAAAUGUUUAUUUUACUUCUUUAACUCACGAGCAGUUUUCUGCAGUCUUGCCUGUAGGCUACUUUGUCCAGGCAUAAUAGUCUUGCUUCAGUUCGACUGCGUCAAGCUUAAAGACGGUCAGGGGUAAAGAAACAAACACUUUAUAUAGGCUACAUAUAGAAAAACGGUUGUUUAUACCUCUCUUAAACAGAAAGAUAAAUGUAUGUGAUUAGUCUAUUGUAUCAUUUAGUGAACAACUUGUCAUUUUCAUGGAUGUAAACAACGUAAAACAAUGUAGGCUGUCGUAGGUUUUUACUCAUGGACCUAUCCAGGCAGUUACAAAUGCAGUAUGUCAGGUAGAUCGACGUUUGUGUCGGAUUGCGCGCGUCAGUUAUGGGAGGCUAAUUACCGUUAAUACGAAGAGACGUGCCCUUUGUGACUGAACAACCGCUCGUGCUACUAGGGCAGAGAUUUAAUUAAGCGCGCUUCUGCUUUUUAGAACACUCCGAAGAAAAGUAAUUGGAUCGCAUACCUGAGGAACAAAGGUGCGCGGCAACAUUGGCCGUUUGUAGCGGCAUCAGGGCUCCAAAUUGUUAAUUUUUGCAGUCUGGAAAAAAUAAUCCCUGUUUAGAUUAAGAUAAGAAGACACUAAUAAUAGGUCUUACUGUUCUUCAAGUGGGAUUUCUUUAAGGGUUUGUCAGGACGCAGGGAUAAGACCAGUUUGUCUCACCCGAGGAAUCGCUCUGAACAAGGUAUUUAAUUGACUGCGACGAGUUGACCCAUCCUGCUGAGCUUCGGUCUAAGCACCCAUGCUGUCGGGAAUCCUGCUCGUGGGGAGAGCCAGCCAGCGGCAACUGGUUUCCCAUGGUGUAUCUCUCUUGCUCGCAGGGCAGAACAUGAUGAACAAAUCUACUUUCAGCAAGAUUGAAGAAAACAGAGACAACAAGACACUGUCAACAGAGAAAGGACGUGCCGCUAUCGUUUUCUCCUUGAAAAAUGAAGUUGGUGGGCUGGUUAAAGCUCUGAAACUUUUUCAGGAGAAUCACGUCAAUCUUGUUCACAUUGAGUCCCGGAAAUCAAAGAGGCGUAACUCAGAAUUUGAGAUCUUUGUGGACUGCGACAGCAACCACGAGCAGCUGAACGAAAUCAUUCAGCUGCUUCAGAAGCACGUGAACAUAGUUGACAUGGAUCCACCUGACAACUCCUGUCUGUCUGAGGAAGAUAUGGACAAUGUGCCCUGGUUCCCAAAGAAGAUUUCUGAUUUGGACAAGUGUGCCAAUCGUGUCCUGAUGUAUGGGUCGGACUUGGAUGCUGAUCACCCGGGUUUUAAGGACAAUGUAUACCGCAAGAGGAGAAAGCAUUUCGCUGAUCUGGCCAUGAGCUACAAACAUGGGGACCCCAUCCCUCGCAUUGAGUUCACCGAGGAGGAGGUGAAGACAUGGGGUGUGGUGUUCAGGGAGCUAAACAAGCUUUACCCCACCCAUGCCUGUCGAGAGUACCUGAAGAACUUGCCGUUACUUACCCAAUAUUGUGACUGCCGUGAGGAUAACAUUCCUCAACUGGAAGAUGUUUCACGUUUCCUCAGGGAGCGUACAGGUUUUACCAUCCGGCCAGUGGCAGGCUAUCUUUCCCCUCGUGACUUCCUUGCAGGCCUGGCAUUUCGGGUUUUCCACUGUACCCAGUAUGUUCGUCACAGCUCAGACCCCCUCUACACACCCGAGCCGGAUACUUGUCAUGAGCUGCUGGGCCAUGUUCCUCUGCUGGCGGAGCCCAGCUUUGCCCAGUUCUCCCAGGAGAUCGGCCUGGCUUCACUUGGGGCAUCUGAUGACUCCGUACAGAAGCUGGCCACGUGCUACUUUUUUACAGUGGAGUUUGGACUGUGUAAACAGGAAGGGAAGCUGCGUGCAUACGGAGCCGGUUUGCUGUCCUCUAUCAGUGAACUCAAGCAUGCCCUCUCUGGGAACGCCAAAAUCUUGCCCUUUGAUCCCACGAUCACAUCUAAACAGGAGUGUAUAAUCACCACCUUCCAGGAUGUCUAUUUUGUGUCAGACAGCUUUGAAGAGGCCAAAGUCAAGAUGAGGGAGUUUGCCAAGACCAUCAAAAGGCCAUUUACCGUGCGCUACAACCCUUACACCCAGAGUGUGGAUGUUCUGAAGGACACACCCAGCAUUAACAGUGUGGUGGAAGAGCUGCGUCAUGAGCUGGACAUUGUGGGUGAUGCACUCAACCGACUUAACAAGCAGCUUGGUGUCUAAGUCUGCUCACCUUACCCUAUAACCCAUUAACUGCACUCUCUAUCAGUCACAAAAGUAUAGUACUAAAAACCAUAGGUUUAAGAUUAUUUAGUUAUGACAAAACAUUCAGCCUAAUGUGCUUUUCAAGUUUCUGUUAAAGACUUGAGCCUGAAUGAACAGUAUAUUGAAGUUGUUAAUAUUACUGCUUUAACUCAUGAACCUAUUUAAAAAUGCUUAUUUUAAGAUAAAACCAGUCACAAUUGCCUGUUGUUAACCUCAUGUUCUGUUGUAAUUAACUUCUGCUGAAACAGUUUUAUUCUGGCAUAAUUGUGGGAGUUAAAAAUAGUGAUUAUAAGCUUACCAUAAGAAGGAGAAACCUAUGAAUUCACAUCCAGCAUAUUCACAUAUUUUCAAUAUAUGACCCAGUAGUGCCUUGCUAUUGUCUCUCUCUGUGGUCGCAUGAUAAAGGGGAAGGUGCCAACAGUAUCUGCUAAAGACCUAAAUAAUGUUGUUUCAGAAUGGAUAUUAAACGGUAAUAUCUCAGGAUUGACAGAAAAAGUGUAAUAUUUGGUGUGCCAGUACCUCAGAGAGGCUAAUGCAAGGCUGUGCUGGUUUGUACAGUUUGUGAAAUUAUUCAUCAAUCAUUUAAUAGAAGAAAUGAUAUUAGAUUCAGUGGUCUUUGGGCUUCACAUGCAUGUACAAAAUGUAAUGUAAAUUAGCUUUGACAGUCAACAAUUUGGAAUUUGUAUGCCAAUUGUUAACAUAUUUCCUAUUUUUCUACAUUGAAAAUGAUUUGAUUUACACUCUCGGCAUCAACUUAAAUGUUCUUUUUUGUUUUAAAGUAAAAACAUUAAAAAGGAGAAUAUCCUACUUGUGCCUCUACUUAGAGGUUGUUUUCCUUUCAUUGGUGUUGACAGACCUUUCUAUAGUGUAACCACUGUACCGUUCAAUGCACAUAUUAUUUUAGAAAUGAACAGCUGUCAACUUGAUUGUCAUAUUAAAGUGUUGAUAGCUGGAUGAAAGGGGGCUCAUUUGUAUUUAUCUUACUUUCAGCAAGCAGUUUCAUUACAGUCUGUAUUUCCAUAUUGCACAUUAAAGGGAUGUUAUCGCUUUCUAAAGCUUGAACAUGAAAAAAUACUUCAGAUGGCUUGUAUUGUAUUGUAAUGUGCAAAUUUUUUGUGGAAGAGUUUUUUUUUUUUGUUCAUUCUCAGUUUACCUUUUGUCUUUUUAGCUCUGGACAAAGGUGUGCAACUAAAAUUGUAACUUUGGACAAAAGCAUUACAAUUGCACUGCAUAAUCAUUAUUGGGAAAUGGUGAUAUUUACUAUAUGUGCUGAAAAAUGUUGUUCUUCACUCUCAUAAUAGACUUAAGCUAGAAAAAAAUCCAAAUUCAGGAGCACUGACCAUUGUUAUUGAACAUUUAUUUACAUCAGUUAUGUAAUUUCUUUAUGCUUAUCUGCUAUUCCCUAUUCUAAAAACAUUCAGGUAGCUUUUUCAUUUUUACUUGGAAAAGUCCUCAGAAAUGUAGUUCUAGUCCUAUUUAAAAUAUUUAAAUUGUGCUUUGUUGAAAAUAAUAUGUCGUUGGAUGGUAGUCCUAAUAUUUCUGCAUUUGUUUGGAUUACUGAGUUGCAGUGUAUUUUUUAUUUUAGUUUUCCUUCCAAAUGUUAUGUAUAAUCUUAUUAUAUAGUUUUUAAAUAAAGUCUGUAUAAUGUCCAA